AUAUUUCCAGAAAAAAAGAUGGGAAUAACGGGAAAUCUCACUCCACAGCAAUUGGAUUUCUUCAAUAGUCAAGGGUAUAUUGUGAUAGAAUCAUUUGCAAGUCCUGAGGAAAUCAAUGGGAUGAGAGAUAGGAUGAAUGUGUUACUGGAUGGAUUUGAUUGCUCUGUUACCUCCAUAUUCUCUACCAAAAACCAGAAAGAAUCGACUGAUGAUCACUUCUUCGAGAGUGCUGAUAAGGUUUCUUUUUUCUUUGAGGAGAAGGCAUUUGACGAUGAGGGAAAACUAAAGCAGUCAAAGCAGCUCUCUAUUAACAAAGUUGGACAUGCUUUGCACGAGCAUGAACCAGUAUUCAAAAGCUUCUGCAGUUCAGGGAAGUUACUGAGUAUGCUAGUCUCACUGGGUUAUAAAAGUCCAGCGAUCAUUCAGUCAAUGUACAUAUUCAAGCAACCAGGUAUUGGAGGAGAAGUAGUGCCACAUCAAGAUAACUCUUUUCUUUAUACUAAUCCCACUUCGUGCACGGGGUUGUGGUUAGCUUUAGAGGAUGCAACAGUUGUUAAUGGCUGCCUUUGGGCUAUUCCUGGAUCUCAUAAAAAUGGCCUUGUAAGAAGGUUCAUUAGAGAUGAGAAUGGGGUUCAUUUUGAUUGUCCCUCACCAGAUUAUGAUCAAAAAGACUUCGUCUCCAUUGAAGUAAAAGCUGGGUCGUUGGUGGUCAUUCAUGGUGAUCUUAUACAUCAAAGUUUUGAAAAUCAAUCCUCAAAAUCAAGACAUGCCCUAAGCUUGCACGUGGUUGAUACGAAAGAUCAUGUAUGGGCACCAGAUAACUGGCUCAGAAGAAGGGUGGAUCAUGAACCUCUUUACGUCUCGUCCUGAUCAAACAGAAGUCUCUCGAUCUUUGUUCUACCACCAUUCAAGACUUUAUGAAGGUAACACGAGAUUUCAGUUGAACAAAUCAGUAUCUCAAUAACUAAGUCUCUUAAUUUGUUGACCAGGUGAAAGAAGUUUGUCAUGCCUUUGUUGUAAUCUUGUUUUAUUCACUUCUUUUUAGUUUGAAUCCUCCAUCUGCAAAUAAAUAAAGGGUAGUUGUAGACUUGUAGUAAUGUACAGUACUCUUAGUUCA